CUCCACUGAUUCUGAACCCUGCAAAGCGCCUGCACGUUUCCAAGCCACUCCGGAGAACCUCGAGCUGCUUGUUGAGCUGCUCCCGCUCCGUGCGGGUUUCAUUCAAUUCCUCCGCAAUACGAGGAGGCUGAGAAGCUGGAGGUGCAGGUGAUGGAGACGUUCAAGACGAAGCUCGGGGCCGAUCAUCCCUGGACGCUGGCAGCAUGGCCAACCUGGCGUUGACGUACCGGAACCAGGGCCGGUGGGAGGACGCGGAGGUACUACAAGCCAAAGGACUUGAACUGUGUUCGAAGAAGCUAGGUCAACGGAACCCCAAUACUCCGAUUAGUAUGAAGAAUCUCGCCUCCAUUUGGAAGGACAUGGGUCGUCACGAAGAUGCUCUUGGCCUACUACAAACUUGCUUUGACCUCCGGCAACAGGUAUUGGGCGCAAGUCAUCCCUACACGGCGUCUACGCUGUCAACUCUGAGGGCAUGGCGAAAGGAGAACGAACAGGCGCCAGUAUAGUAGUCUCAAUUAUUAUGAUGAACAACGAGUCAAUUGAUUCUACAGCUUCCGCGAGUGUUGCGAAGUCAAGCC